AUGGAUCUCCUGGAAGCAGGGACCCUCUUCCUGGCCCUCUCCCUGGCCGGCCUCCUGCUCCUCUCCUCUUGGCAGCAAAUGCGCCGAAGGGGCAAGAUGCCCCCUGGACCCACGCCCCUCCCCCUGAUUGGGAACCUGCUCUGGAUAGACCGAAACAACCUGCCCAAUUCUCUCAUCAAGCUGAGCGAAAAGUACGGGCCGGUCUACACGCUCCAGCUGGGUCCCCGGCGUAUCGUGGUGCUGCGUGGCUACGAGGCCAUUAAGGAGGCCCUGGUGGACCAGGGGAACGAGUUCCGGGACCGGGGGCAGCAGGCCAUUUUUGACUGGAUCUUUGAAGAUCAGGGAGUUGUUUUCACGAGUGGAGAAAAGGCCAAACAACAACGACGGUUCUCCAUCAUGACCCUUCGGGAUUUUGGGGUGGGAAAGAGAUCUAUCGAAGAGCAGAUCCUGGAGGAAGCCCACUUCCUGCUGGAAGCCCUGAGGGGCACAAAAGGAGCCCCCUUUAACCCCACCUACUUCCUGAGCCGCUCCGUGUCCAACGUCAUCAGCUCCAUCACCUUUGGCAACCGCUUUGACUACGAAGAUCCGGAGUUCCUCUCUUUGCUGACCAUCAUGACAGAGGUCUUCUGCUUCGCAUCCUCAGCACAGGGGCAGCUCUUGGACAUCUUCUUUGGAAUUGUGCAACAUCUCCCUGGCUUAAAGCAAAGGUUUUUCAAGAAGUUUUCAGAACUGAAGAAAUUUGUGGCCAAGAAGGCAAAAGCCCACCAGGAGACCCUGGACCCCAACUCCCCACGGGAUUUCAUUGACUGCUACCUGGUGAAAAUGCUGCAGGAAGAAAAAAACCCUGACUCUUUCUUCUCCAUGGAGGAACUGGUUGCAACCACGCUUAAUAUCUUCUUUGGUGGUACCGAAACGGUCAGCACCACCUUGCGUUAUGGGUUCCUGAUGCUGCUGAAGUAUCCAGAGGUGGAAGAGAAGAUCCAUGAGGAGAUUGAUCACGUCAUUGGUGUCAAUAGGACUCCCACCAUGGAGGACCGGCUGCAGAUGCCCUACACAGAAGCUGUGAUUCAUGAGAUACAGAGAUUUGGGGACCUAUUACCCAUGGCCCUGCCACGGCGUGUCACCCGAGAAGUCCAGUUAAGAGGAUACACAAUUCCCAAGGGGACAGAGGUAUUCCCCAUGUUGGGAACAGCAUUGAGAGACCCCAAACAUUUUGCAAGACCUGAGGAGUUUGACCCCCAACACUUCCUGGAUGAGAAGGGGCAGUUCAAGAAGAAGGAGGCUUUCAUACCCUUCUGCAUUGGAAAGCGCUCCUGCUUCGGAGAAAAUCUGGCCCGUGCUGAGCUCUUCCUCUUCCUCACCAGCAUCCUGCAGCAUUUCCGCUUCAAAUCAGCUGUGACCCCUGAAGACAUCGACCUCUCCCCAAUGUUGGUGGGGUUUGCCACUAUCCCACGGAUCUAUGAGGUCUCAGUCGUCCCCCGCUGAGUGGGGGGCCCUCUGGAGCAUUUGCAACGUUCCUUUCUGCCU